AUGGGGUCUGUAACGGCCCAAAUUGCCAUGAACAAACCUGUAAUGGUCCUGACUGUACGGAUGGCCACUGUGCCGGCGAUGACAGCACUGGCUGGGACGGCUGCAAAGGCAAAGACUGCCAUAAUGGACAUUGUAUCGGCUUUGACUGUCAAAGUUGUACCGGCAGAGAUCGCUAUAACGGUAGAUGCACUAGGAUACAAUGUAGCAGCUGCUUGGCUUGGACUCGUGUGCAACGGCUUCGGAUGUAUUGGCUGUAUCGGAUUGGGCUGUAAUAUCCCUGGGCGAAACAGCGGCGGCAGCAGAGGUGGUGGUGGGAUCGACGGCUGUACGGGGGCUGGCUGCUGCUGUUCUGUAUCUGGAGGCUCUCAAGGCGGAGACAAGGAUGGAGACAGACACGGUGACAAUAAGCCUACGUCAACGGCUUCAUGCAUUGUGAGACAAACAGCCUCAAUAUGUGCAGAAUAUUGCACUGUUGCAACUGAUAUGGCCAUGGUAAUAAUGACUCCUUGCACAUCGACGGCCUGUGUCCCGACCAUUAGCUGUGAACCAAAAGGGACAACAACUACUAUCACAUCGAUGAGCAGUGAUGAAUGCCCACAUGUUACCCCUCCUGUUACCAUUCCUCCUAAUGUGGAUCCUUACAAUGGCUGUGCCCCUUGCUUGAUAGGGAAAGCCAUCCAUGGCCCCGGGAUAAUCGCCCAGGAUAAUACUAUAGCUCGAGAUUUAUCUCAGCCAUCCUAUGUUUCUCUCCACAAACGUGGUGUGGCUGAAACUGUUACAAAUAUUGGCAGUUGUACAUUCGCUAAAGGGAAUAGCACAUUAGCUCCUGAAUAUACAGGUGCAACUCAGUACAUCGCAUACGCCAUAUCCAAUACACUACCAAAAAGUCAACAGAUGCCAAGGUAG